CCGGCCGAGACUACCAGUAGUGCAGUGCGCCCAGGCCCGGCUCCUGCUGGCCGGCGCCACGCACUGGCCGGCCCGGCCAGGGACAGUCUAGAAGGCAGCGCCGGCCAGUGGGGCGGGGGCCCCGAAGUAGGUUUCAGGCCACCACCCGCGCUGGCAGUGGGCACAGAGGGCACCGCGCAGCGCGCUCCGUGCCUGGGCACCUCACUGGGCUUGUCUCGGUAUCUGCUAUGCUGCCCCAGCCAGGAAAACCCGGCGACUUCCAGGCCCUUCGAAAGAUGGAUUCUGUUGACGUAUCUGGCGGCCCUGGCGAGCAGGGUGGAAAGUUGGGUUUUGCCAGAUCGUACUGGGAUCCUCUUUGUGCUGCUCUGCAAGUCCCGCAUCCCGCUGCACCAGGGCCACGUGGCACCACAGCCAAGUGAUGGAUAACCUGCAGUCCCAGAACCUUUCCAUGGACAUGACUGACUCUCCUCCCACUUUGGCCAAUAACAGACUGGAGAACGGCAUGGCCCAGCUGAUAACUACCGAGGCCUGGAACAUCAACUCCACUGACCUGGUAAAGAAGGCCCUGGUGACCGUGCCGGCCCCAUCCAUUCUGAACCCUCCGGCUGAGUCCCAGAGUGGCAUGGCUCUGAAGGUGGCAGCCACCGUGGUGCAGCCCGUGUGCCUUGGGGAAAGUCCAGUGGUGAUGCCCAUUCACAUGCAGGUGGAGGGGAGCUCUGCACCGGAGCUCAACCCCAGCAGCAAUGCUACCUACGUCAUGACGACACAAGGCCCCGUGCAGCUCCCGGUAGUGUUGGAGCAGCAUGUUUUCCAGCACCUCAACUCCCCUCUGGUCCUGCCACAGGAGGCCCCGUGUUCCUCUAAUGCUAUCCACAACAACCUCUUCCAAGGGGCUGAGAACUCCCAGGCCCAGCCUCAGCUCGUGGACCUGAAGAUCCCAAGCCAGCCGCAGGAGCCCACGUUAGAAGCUGUCCUCCAGAAUUUAUUCCCUAACCAAGGCUCUCUGGGCCCUCCACCCUGCCAGCCUCCUCCUGCCUAUGCUCCAGUACCUCCCCAGGCCAUGAACUCUCCCUUGGCCCCCCUGGUCCCACCAGCUACCCUCUUGGUGCCCUAUCCUGUGAUCGUCCCUUUGCCAGUGCCAGUGCCCAUCCCCAUCCCUAUCCCAGUGCCUCAGAGUUCCGAAUCCAAGUUCAGCUCCAAUUUCCCCAAGCCAGCAUCUUCCUUCAGCCUGCACUCCUUUAAAGGCACCCAGACCACUCUGGAAAAGGAUGAACUGAAGCCCUUAGACAUCCUCCAGCCAAAGGAGUAUUUCCAGCUUAGCCGCCACACAGUCAUCAAGAUGGGGAGUGAAAAUGAGGCCCUGGAUCUCUCCAUGAAGUCAGUGCCCCGGCUCAAGGCUGGAGAAACUAGCCCACCAAUCUUCCAAGAAGACGCAGUACUCGACCUGUCCUUGGCAGCCCACCGAAAGGCAGAGGCUCCCCCAGAGACACUGUAUGACAGCAGUGAGUCAGCAGACAGACAGGGUCACUCUGUGCUGGAGAAACAUCCCAGCAGUCUGGAAAUGCCCUUUGUCCCUGCCAAGUCUCGUGAGGCCUUUGCCAUGAUGCACAGCUACAUGAGUGGUAGCAAUGGCACUGAGAUGGUCAGCCAGCCCAGCCACCCCAGCAGUGAGGUGAAGGCUGAAAAUAACAUUGAGAUCAUAAGUGAGUCCCAGGCAGCCAAGGUCAUUGUCUCAGUUGAAGAUGCUGUGCCCACUAUCUUCUGUGGCAAGAUGAAAGGCCUCUCAGGGGUAUCCACCAAAAACUUCUCCUUCAAAAGAGAAGACUCUGUGCUUCAGGGUUAUGACAUCAACAGCCAAGGAGAAGAAUCCCUGGGAAAUGCUGAGCCCCUUGUGAAACCCAUCACAAACCGGAGCAUAAAGUUAAAGAAAGUGAACUCCCAGGAAAUACACAUGCUCCCAAUUAAAAAACAACGGCUGGCCACCUUUUAUCCAAGAAAGUAAAGAAGGGCUUUAAAACAUUUUUAUGAUUAUGACAUGGGGAAAGGUGCAUUGGUUUUUUAAAAAGGCAUCUAAAACAAACUAUCUUUGUUAAUUAUUUGGGGGCGUAGGUGGGAGGCAGAAAGGCAAAUUAGCUAGUAUCAUUUUCUUUUUUAAUUUUUGACUUUUCACAAAUGAAUAAAUAAGAGCAACCUAUUUUUCAAGCAGAUUGCACAUUUUUUUGCAGCUUUAAUGGAAUAUUGGGUGAAUCAGAGGGGUAAAAAGCUAUUUUCAUUGCCACAAAGUGCUUUGAUGAUGUAAUACCUAAUAAAGGGUAGGAUGAAUAUUUCACAAUAAAUGUUUGU